AAAUGGUAUACGAAGGCAAACGGUUGGUUUCCUGCCAUUGUUUCUUCCUGUUAACAGCCAAAUUCUACUGGAUACUCACUCUGAUGCAAAGGACUCACGGCCAGGAGUAUGCCCACUCCAUUCGCCUGGAUGGGGACAUCAUCUUGGGAGGACUGUUCCCUGUUCAUGCAAAAGGGGAUAGAGGGGUGCCUUGUGGGGAGCUCAAGAAGGAGAAGGGGAUCCACAGACUAGAGGCAAUGCUGUAUGCAGUUGAUCAAAUUAAUAAAGACCCUGAUCUUCUUGCCAAUAUCACCUUGGGUGUCCGUAUCCUUGAUACGUGUUCCAGGGACACUUAUGCAUUGGAGCAGUCCUUAACAUUUGUGCAAGCUUUGAUAGAAAAAGAUGGUUCAGACGUGAAGUGUGCAAACGGUGACCCACCUAUUUUCACUAAGCCAGACAAGAUAUCAGGUGUGAUAGGUGCUGCAGCAAGUUCUGUGUCCAUUAUGGUUGCAAAUAUUUUAAGACUCUUUAAGAUACCUCAAAUCAGCUAUGCAUCCACAGCUCCCGAGCUGAGCGAUAACACCAGGUAUGACUACUUCUCUCGAGUGGUCCCGCCAGACUCCUACCAAGCCCAGGCCAUGGUUGACAUCGUGACAGCCCUUGGGUGGAACUAUGUCUCAACACUGGCUUCCGAAGGCAACUACGGAGAGAGUGGUGUGGAGGCGUUCACGCAGAUCUCCAGGGAAAUUGGAGGUGUUUGCAUUGCUCAGUCACUCAAAAUCCCUCGGGAACCAAGACCAGGAGAAUUUGAAAAGAUCAUUAAGCGCUUGUUGGAAACUCCAAAUGCUCGAGCAGUGAUCAUGUUUGCGAACGAAGAUGAUAUUAGGAGAGUACUGGAAGCAGCCAAAAAAGCUAAUCAGUCUGGACAUUUUCUCUGGAUUGGCUCAGACAGCUGGGGGUCAAAAAUUUCACCAGUCCAGCAGCAGGAGGAGAUUGCAGAAGGAGCAGUAACCAUUCUACCCAAAAGAACAUCUAUAGAUGGAUUUGAUAGAUAUUUUCGGAGCAGAACACUUGCUAACAAUCGAAGAAAUGUCUGGUUUGCAGAAUUUUGGGAGGAGAAUUUUGGAUGCAAGUUAGGAUCACAUGGAAAAAGAAAUAGCAAUAUCAAGAAAUGCACAGGCUUAGAAAGAAUUGCGAGAGAUUCAGCCUAUGAACAAGAAGGAAAAGUUCAGUUUGUCAUUGAUGCAGUGUAUUCCAUGGCCUAUGCCCUGCACAACAUGCAUAAAGAUCUCUGUCCUGGAUAUAUUGGUCUGUGCCCAAGGAUGAGCACAACUGAUGGUAAAGAACUACUUAGCUAUAUCCGGGCAGUAAAUUUUAAUGGGAGUGCUGGAACACCUGUUGUUUUCAAUGAAAAUGGAGAUGCUCCUGGACGCUACGAUAUUUUUCAGUAUCAAAUCACCAACAAGAGUACAGAAUACAAAGUAAUUGGUCAGUGGAGUAAUCAACUUCAUCUAAAUGUAGAAGAUAUGCAGUGGGCUAACAGAGAACACACUCAUCCAGCAUCUGUCUGCAGCCUGCCCUGUAAAGCUGGGGAAAGAAAGAAAACCGUGAAGGGAGUGCCCUGCUGCUGGCACUGUGAGCGCUGCGAGGGCUACCACUACCAGGUGGAUGAAUUCAACUGUGAACUCUGUCCCAUUAAUAAGAGACCAAAUGCCAACCGUACGGAUUGCCAGCUUAUCCCCAUAAUCAAACUGGAGUGGCAUUCUCCUUGGGCCAUCGUGCCUGUCUUCAUAGCUAUUCUCGGUAUAAUUGCCACCACCUUUGUGAUUGUGACAUUUGUCCGCUACAACGACACGCCGAUCGUCAGGGCCUCUGGGCGGGAGCUCAGUUAUGUGCUCCUGACUGGGAUUUUUCUCUGUUACUCCAUUACUUUUUUAAUGAUUGCAGCUCCUGAUACAGUGGUCUGCUCAUUUCGAAGGAUCUUUUUAGGACUUGGCAUGUGUUUCAGCUAUGCUGCGUUACUUACCAAAACAAACAGGAUUCACAGAAUAUUUGAACAAGGUAAAAAAUCUGUCACAGCUCCCAAAUUUAUUAGUCCAGCUUCUCAGCUGGUGAUCACUUUCAGCCUCAUAUCCUUGCAGCUUAUUGGAGUCUUCAUCUGGUUUGCUAUUGAUCCACCACAUACCAUUGUAGACUAUGGAGAGCAGAGGACACUUGACCCAGAAAAUGCCAGAGGAGUUCUCAAAUGUGACAUUUCAGAUCUUUCUCUCAUUUGUUCCCUUGGAUAUAGUAUUCUCUUGAUGGUCACGUGCACUGUUUAUGCUAUUAAAACAAGAGGGGUUCCAGAGACCUUCAAUGAAGCAAAACCUAUUGGAUUUACUAUGUACACAACCUGCAUAAUUUGGUUAGCUUUUAUUCCAAUCUUUUUUGGUACGGCCCAAUCAGCAGAGAAGAUGUACAUCCAGACAACAACACUGACUAUCUCCAUGAGUUUAAGUGCUUCUGUGUCUCUGGGCAUGCUCUACAUGCCCAAGGUUUAUAUUAUAAUUUUUCAUCCAGAGCAGAAUGUUCAAAAACGGAAGCGGAGCUUCAAGGCUGUAGUGACAGCUGCUACAAUGCAAAGCAAACUGACACAAAAAGGAAAUGACAGACCAAAUGGCGAAGUCAAGACUGAACUGUGUGAAAGUCUUGAAACCAACAGUAAGUCAUCUGUAGACUUGGUCAAGAGUGGCAGCACAUCUUAAUAGCUCCUCCUCUACCAAGACAACUUAUGUCAGUUACAGCAAUCAGGCAAACUGAGCAGGGAUGAAAUUCACUGGAAGAUCUGCAGGACUGGAUCUUGCAAACAUAGACUUUACCACCACGAGAAUUCAGUCUUGAAAAUAUCAGUAGUCUACAUUCAAAUCGAUAGUCAGUCUUCUAGAGAACAAGGAUUAAACAAAAGCAAAAUGAAAAAAGAGACAGGGGAAGGAAAAGUCCAGUUUUAUAACUUACAGACAGAGUGUCAAGCUUCUGAACUGUUCAUUCACAAAAGGAAGCAAAUCACAAAAGGAAAACAAAUGUUAGCUUGUGAAAAAAAAAUGCUGUUGAAAUAAAUCAUGUCUGCUGUUAUAUUUGUAAGUACUUUUUUGUGAUUGUGACAAUUUCCUUUCCUGUCCUACAUUGUUCAAUUCGUAAAAGAAGAUGAGUUUGUUUCUUGUGACGGCUGACUGAAUUAAGUCCUGGGUUAUGCUAAAAUAAAUGCAAUGGUCAAUGCAUGCUAAUUUUUAUACAAAAUAAUUUAUUUCUAAUAAUAAAGGAAUGUUUUGCAAAUGUU